AUGAGGUGGUUUAAACUAUUCCUAGUGCUGAGUAUUGUGGCUAUAGUUGAAGCCGCUAUCAUGGGUAUUGAUUAUGGACAACAAUAUAGUAAAGCCGUCUUAUUAGCCCCUAACAUCAACUUUGAUAUAGUGCUUAAUAAUGAAGGGAAACGAAAGGACUUAUCCGGGAUGUGUAUUAGAGCCAGUAGUGAUGGUGACGGUGGACUUGAACGGGUCUAUGGAUCAUCCAUUCUGUCGUUGUUAACCCGGUUCCCUCAAUCAUGUGUUAGCGAUUUAAAAUCAUUAAUGGGUAAGGAAUUCGACAGUCAAGAUGUCCAGCAGUAUAUUAGAAACCAUUUCGUUCAAUUGAGAUCAGAUUCCAAUAGAAGAGAUUCCGUUUUGGUUGAUUUCAUUGGCUCUAAAAAGAACUCUAGUUAUCAUUUCACUCCAGAGGAGGUCAUGGCCAUGGAGUUGAAUCAGAUUAAGGAUAGAGCAAACCAGAUGUUGAAUUCUUUAGCUAAACAUUCCAAAUUAGACGACAUUAUCAUUUCCAUUGCUCCAUUUGCAUCACAAGAAACAAGACAGUCGUAUUUGGAUACUUUGAGUUUAGUAGGCAUUAAGAAUGUCAUAGGGAUUGUAGAAGAUGGUACUGCUGUGGCAUUGAAUUAUGUUUCCAAUAGAAAGCUUGCUGAUGUUGAUUAUGAUGAUAUAAAACGGUACAGUAUUGUCUACGAUAUGGGUGCUGGAUCUACAACUGCUACCUUAUUCAGUAUAACCCCAUUCAAAGGCAAUAAGACCAUUCAAGUGGAAAUUGAAGCUCUUGGAUUUGAAACUUCUAUCAGUGGUAAAGCCUUGACAGACAUGGUUUAUGAUGUGCUAUUGGGUAAAUUCAUGGAUCACUUCAAAGUUGAUCUUGGUGAUAUCACUCCAAGAAUAAGUAAUAGAUUAAGAGAUUCAGCUGAAAAGACCAAAACAAUCUUAUCAGCCAAUAGUGAUUAUAGAGUAUCUUUGGAAUCUAUUUAUAAUGAUCAUGAUUUCCAUUGUUCUAUUUCAAGAGAUGAAAUUGAAGAGAUUGCCAAUGAUUUAAUGCCAUUGAUCACCAAACCUAUUUUAUCAGCUUUAAAAGACGCUGAUAAUUUACCUAUUCUGAGUUUGGAAGCAGUCAUCUUGAAUGGUGGUUCUACUAGAGUUCCCUUUGUCCAGAAACAUUUGUCAGUUUUGUUAGGAGGCGAUGGAAAGAUUGCCAAAACUGUGAAUACCGAUGAAAGUUGUGCUUUAGGAGUCACAUUUGCUGGCUAUUUAUCUAAGAACCCUUCUGCCUCAGUUAAACUUGUGGAUAAAGUGUUUCACAAUUACCAGAUCAAAGUUGAUAACACAGAAGAUGAAACUUUGGUAUUCCCUAAAGGGUCCAUUGUGGAGUCCAAAAAAGACUUGAAUUUGGGUAUUCUUAAAUCUGAUGCCGUCAUUGAUUUAUAUGAAGAUGAUUGUUUUAUCAAGAGUUAUGUGUUUGAAGAUUUGGUAAAGAAAUCAAGUAAGCUUUCUUGCGGUUCCAAAGAUGAAAAGGUUAUUAUUGGAACCUUUUCAAUAGAUCAGAAUAAGAUCUUUGACUUGGAAGAGUUGAAUGUUAAAUGUACUAAGACUGAGAAGGAAGAGAAGACCAACAAUUUUUUUAAGAAUUUGAUGAAGAAAAAGGAUGAGAAUGAAGACGUUGAGGAAGUAGAAGAAGAAGAAGACAACGACGAUAUUGUUGCUGAAGAAAUAGAUCACAAUGACUCCGAAACUGAACAACCCGAAUUCAAUGGUACUUCAACGAAUUCAUCAUCCUCACUAAAAAAACCUACUAUCAAAAGAGCUAAAAUGAGGACGAUCUUCAUUGCUAAACCUAGACCGAAACAAGCACGGAUUAACCCAUUUUCCAGAUCUGAAAAGAAGGAGAUUGAAUCCAAGUUGUUUCAAUUGGAUUUAAAAGACAAGGAAAGAGCUCAAGUGGAAAGCAUUAAGAAUGAAGUGGAAGCCAGUUGCUAUGCUUUAAGGUCCAAACUCGAUGAUUUAGAAGACGUUCUUUUAGAGAUUAUGGAUGAAGAAGAAUUGGAAGGACAUCGUGAAUAUGUUUCUGAGCUUUUAGAAUGGUUAGACUUUGAAUCUAGUGGUACCACAUUCAAAGCAGUUAACAAACACUUGAAGGAAGUGACCCACAGACUUGGGUUUAUCACCGAUGCCGAACGAGUGAAGGAGGUGGAUUUGUCACUUGAGGGAAUCCACACCACUCUCUCAAAGGCAUUGGAGAUGGUCAACCUUAGCAAAGAGAAGACCACGGACUAUGAGAAGAAUGUUACUGACUUCAAGACUCUUUAUACUGAGGGUGGGUUUGACUUUGAAACUGUGGAGAACAGUUUUAACCACAAGCACAGUUGUGGAGAGUUUUUUUCCAAGUUGAACAGCUACCUGAAGGCUCAAAUGAAGAAGCUUCAAGCAUUGCAAGCCAAACUCGAAAACACAGCUGAAGAGUUGAGUAAGAAGAAAUUGUUUGAGCUUCAUAAUGAGUUUACUGAAAUCGCAGAUGGGUUGGAGAAGACAUUAACCACUGCAACUGAUCUUCACAACAAGAGAGUGAAGUAUUUUUUUCAAAGAUACGAUAAAUUUGUUGAACGGAAGAAGAUUAAGGAGUUAAGGAAACUUAAGGAAGAAUUACUUAAAUCAGCAUCUGAGGCUCCGGAGAAGAGUAGUUCCGAUUCGGAGAAAAGUAGUUCCACUUCAGAUGCUGGACAUGAUGAACUCUAA